AUGAGGCUCCGGAAAGGCAGCGUAGGGUUACAAGGCGAAGGCUUGAAUUUGAGGGGCAGGAAAUCCAGCGUGGGGGGGGAAGGGUAUAAUUACCUAGCAGAGACUGUGCCGGAGGGGGACGUCUUUGCUCAGCCGUUGUUGAAGAGCUUGGAGUAUGCGAGCGUGCAGAUCUCGACGGCGAGACCGGAUGGGGGGUUGUAUAUCUGGGGGUACGUCCCCGUCGUCGUCGCCAAGUGCGGACUCUACUUGAAGGACACGGCCACCGAGGUCCCUGGGACUUUCCGAGUGUCCGGGUCGGCCAAGAGGAUGAAAGAGUUGCAGGCCGUCUUUGAUAACCCGCCCAAGUACGGCAAAAAUUUGGACUGGAAAAAGACGACGUAUACGACGCACGACGUGGCGACCAUCUUGAGGCGAUACUUGACCCAGAUGCCAGAGCCGAUCGUUCCGCACGAAUUGUACCACGAGGUGAGGCGGAGGUGGUCGUGGACGAUCAAGACGUACCAGAACCUGAUCGCCAGGAUGCCCAAGCCGAACCAGUACCUGCUGCUGUACGUGCUCGACCUGUUGAGCGUGUUUGCGAGGAAAUCCGAGGUCAACUUGAUGACCGCGCCGAACCUGGCGGUCAUCUUCCAACCUGGAAUCAUCUCGCACACCGAACACCAGAUGAGACCGGCCGAGCAUACGCUCAGUCAAGCGGUGCUCGAGUUCUUGAUCGAACAUCAGGAUCACUUUUUGCUGGGCAUGCAGUUGGUGAGUCGCACGAAGCUAAGGGGUUUCGUCUCUGGGUACAAAGCUGACGUCUGA